GUCCACCGCGCGCAUGGCCUCCGUGUGGAAGCGGCUCCAGCGCGUCAACAAGCGCGCCGCCAAGUUCGAGUACACCGCCUCCUACCACCGCGUGGACCUCGACACCUCGCCCAAAUGGAAACCAAACAAACUGUCGAUUGUAUGGACGCGGCGCUCGCGGCGGGUCAUCACGGAUCCGGUGCAAUGGGAGCCAUCUUUGAAGGAUCCACUCAAAGGCAGUGUGAUGUUUGCGGUUCCAGAGAACCGUUCUGUGGCGGUGACGCUCUUCAAAGAUGCUCGCACGAACGAGCUAGAAGAUAAGGACUGGACCUUCGUGCUAGAAGAUGUCUCCCCGACAGGAAAGCGCCGUCGUCUCGCCGUAUGCGCCAUCAACAUGCGAAAAUACGCCUCCCUAGAACCUUCCCAGCGGGCCUUAGUUCUAACCCUAGAACCGACGACACAGAAGAUCCAGUCGGCAUCGCUGCAUCUCACUUUACACUGUGUUCUGCUACGGGAGGGACAGGCUACGGAUGAGGACAUGCAAUCCCUUGCUUCACUUCUUUCUGUCAACAAUAAUUCGGAUAUCGCGGUGCUAGAAGAUUUAGACGAAGAUGAUUACACACUCUCUGACAACUCCACAAGACAGAUGUCCGACCUCCGCCAGCAAAUGGAAGAGAUGACCCAAAGCCUCACCAACAGCGACAUCGCCGCCACCCCUAACAGCGUCCAAAGCUUACGCUUCGACGAGCGCACCCCCACCGCCCCCGCCACCCCAGCCUCCCCUCUCGCCUCCCUCACCGACCAAACCCCUACUAACGACUUAAAAAUAGUAGAGACCUUGAAAAAACCUGAUUUAAAAGUGAGUUUAAAAAUCGAACCUAAAAUGACUUCAACUCCCAAACCGACCACACCUCAAGAAAGUUUCAAGAGCGUAGUCUUCAAGCCGAAGAUGGUAUCGAGAUUGAACCUUAAACCGUUGGAUUUAAAGUCCAAUUUUAAUAGUAUAGGGCUGGAUAGGAAUGAUAAUGAGAAGGAUGAUGAGAAAACGCCGACGGGCGAGGAGAAGAUUGGGAGGACUGAUAAAACUCCGGUACAAGACUUACUAGAAUGGUGUCAGAUGGUGACAGGGGAAUACAAACAGUGUCGGGUGACCAACUUGACCACCAGCUUCCGGUCCGGACUCGCGUUCUGCGCCAUUAUUCAUCGCUUCCGGCCUGAUCUCAUUGACUUCUCUGGCCUACAACCUGAUGAAAGCGAACAAAAUCUUCGAGUAGCUUUAGAAGCCAGCGCAACGCUUGGAAUCUCGCAAGUUUUGUCAGCGGCUGACGUGUGCAAAAGCAAACCUGAUAGGCUAGCGAUAAUGACGUACCUCUUCCAACUUCGGGCGCAUUUCACUGGCAACGAAUUACAAGUAGAACAAUUAGGAAACGAUGAGACAGAGUCAUCAUAUCUAGUCGGUCGACAUGAUACGGACGGUUCGCUACCCCGAGAUCUGUUCAGUAGAGAAAUUAGCACUAGAAGAUCUAAGAAUAUGGAGAACCGACCGAGGCCUGGGUCGCAAGUUUCACAAGAUUCGCAAGUAUCAGUCCCAUCACGUCAUUCUCAAGAACGAUAUACGCCCGACAAGGCAGCGCCGCCUGUGACGUCCCCCGGGCAGCGGCCGCGGCUCAUGACGCGCAAGGAGCUCACCGACCCCUUCGGCUCCGACGACGACGAGGAGCCUUCCGCGCCCCAGCCCCAGCCCGUGUCCGCUCCCGCUACCGCCACGCUCACUAUAAACACCUUCGCCGGGCUCACUGAUGACCCGUUCAGUUACGACGAUGAAAACUCGCCUUCCGCGCCUCAGCCCGUGUCCGUCCCCGCCACCGCUACGCUCACUAUCAAUACCUUCACCAGGCGUACUGAUGAAACCCCAGAAAAACCAAAAAUAGAACCGGCCACAACAGACCCGCUACAGAUCACAGAGAAGCCAGAAACAGAGAAGCCACUCGUAAAAGAGACCACGCCAGAUCUGCCCAAACCCACACCGCAAUUGUUGUCGCGUCACGAUGAGCUUAAAGAGCGAGCGAGACAGCUGCUUGAGGCUACGAAGAGAGAGGCGAGAGCGAAAGAGAAGAAACGACAGGAGUUGAAGGAGAGAGAUGAAAAGGAACAAGUUAAUGGGAUUAGGAAUGGAGAUUUGAGUCCAACAAAGCCAAUGACAGAAGAGGAGAGACAACAAAUGCUACGAGAGCGAGCGAGAAAGCUGAUAGCCAACGCGAGAGCUGGUAUUGUUAGUCCAACAUCACCAACCGGCUCUGUUCGGUCACCGCGGGGCACCGUGGAGAUCAUCAGCAAGCAGUCGGUCAUGGACGAAAUCGCUGCAGUUGGCGGCGUGGAGCAGCUAGAAGCCAUGCUGUCUCAAAGUUCACACUCCAGUCCUGGCUCUAGAAAGAGCGCUAGUCCGGAUCGCUCAGAGGGCUCCGUGGGAUCUCGAGGUCGGUCGCCGCUGCCGCUCGCGGCGCUACUUGAUAAUGCGAAUGCUGAAGAGGGCCGAGAAACGGGUUCUUACAUCCAGAGUGAAUUAGAAGCGUUAGAAAGAGAGCAAAGUGCGAUCGACGAGAGAGCAGCAGCUUUGGAGAAGCAACUACGAUGUGUGAUGCAGAGCGCAGAUAAUACUGAGGAAGAGGACAGACUGAUGUCUCAGUGGUUCAAUCUCGUGAAUAAAAAGAACGCCUUACUGAGGCGGCAGAUGCAACUUAACAUUCUAGAACAGGAAGAGGAUCUCAGCAGGCGGUGCGAGUUGCUCGCGAGAGAGCUGCGACUCAGUUUAGGCGUCGAGGAGUGGAGGAAGACGGACGGACAGAAACGGCGGGAGCGGCUCUUACUACAGGAGCUGCUGGCGGCUGUCAACGAGCGAGACAGGCUGGUGCAAGAGAUGGACGAACAGGAGAAAGCGAUAGCGAACGACGACGAAAUAGAACGCAACCUAUCCCAGGUGGAGAUCCAGCGAAAAAACAACUGUAUCUUACAGUAAAUUAAGUUCAAUAUCGCUUGAAUUGUACACAGUGACUUAAUACUUUAUGGCGGUUCUAAAUCGCGCUAUGUCCAUUUUAAUGUAUUCAUUAUACAGUCAAAGUCUAAUAUAUCUGAAAAUUGUGACAAAUACGUGAUUCGUUUAGAUACUUUUGUCCUGUUGGCAUCGUUUAUGUUUUGUGACUUUAAAUCAUCGAUAUACAGUACGGAAUUUGACUAAGUACCGUUUUUGUUAAAUUUGGAAUUCGUUCAAUGAAAAAAAAACAAGUGUUCGUGUAAUAAAAUUUUUAUGUGUAAUAUUUUAUUUGAAUUGCAGUCAAACACCGUAUUAGCAUUUGACUCUGAACAAAAUGCGUAACUUAAAAAUAAAACACAUUUGUGACGUCUCAAUAAUCUUGUAAUUAUUUCAAUAGGUAUAAAAAAUAUUAGUCUUAUUCUGACUGCAAUAACAAGUUAUGAAUUUGAUCUGGAUUUGUAAUCGUUAUGAUCUAUUAGAUCAGAAACCUACUUCAGCCAGAAAUGUCACUAUUUCAUACAUAAUUUCAAAAUUGCGAGGAUUUUUAUUCGUAAAAUGAAUUAUUUCCAACGCUUAGUUCAUCUAUGUCGACGCUACGGUAUUGCAUAAAUAGUUAUCAUAUUUAUUGGAAUUAUUUUGUGUGACAUUGACUAUCGGUUGUUCGACUAUCUAUUCUAUAGGGUAUUUAAUUCAAUCCACAAAGGGCCACAAAGGGCAAACUCUGUGAGGUCACUAUGUAGCUCAUACAAAACAACCUUCCUUUAUGGAGAUAUCCUUGAAACUGCGAAAAAAUGUAGCUGUCUCAUUCACAUCACAGAUAAUUGAAAUGUAUGAGACAGUUUUUUUGUGAUAUCAGUGUGGGUCCCAUAGUAUAACUUGUUCAGUAUGAACUGUAUUCAGCUCUUGAAAGAUUGAAAAAAUAUCCUGUAUAUGACAUAAAUGUGGUGCAAUAACGCUCCUACAGGAGGUAUUGAAGUCCAUUAGUAUAGGUUAGUUUAAAAAAUUGAUAAUAAAUGUCUUCUUGUAAUUUGAGCCUUAUAAUUAGGUGCAUAGGGCGUUUUCUUGCAUACCAACAAGGUUGAUAGAUCGUCUUUUUCUCAAGUUGCGUUUUAACCUUUUCGGCGCCAUUGACUUGAUGUAAAGUCAGUACAUUCCGUGCCCACGCCACGACUUGAUAUGUUAUACGGGUUGUUUACGUGCACUUAUGACAUGGCGUUGCUGGGCUAUAACCGCGAAAAUCGAAGUUCGUAAAUUGCGGGGAUCUUUCUCUUUUACUCCAAUGACUGCGUAAUUAGAGUGACAGAGAAAAACCCCCGCGAUUUGCGAAUUUCGAUUUUCGCGGUUGCCCCUCUGACACUUUAUUACUUUAUCGACGUGGCAGCGAAAAGGUUAAUGUGUUGGUCCGAAAUAGAAGGGAUACCUAAAAAAUAAGUCUAGAGCUUGAUUAGAAUUCCUAUGACAUAAAUUAAAGUUAUUUUAAAUUUAUAACAGUUGGAAACAGACAUCUGUCUUUAUAAUGUAAAAUUGUUUGGACAAACAAAUUGUUAUUAAUCUGGAUCGAUUCUUGUAAUACAUUUAUUGACCACUACGAAAGCAAAGUAAAAAAAAGAAUAAUUGCGAGUAUUAUAAGAAUUCGGCUAAAAACAUAUUGACAUUUUUUAAUUCGAUUAUGUAUAUUAAUAUAAUAUUGCGAGCUUUUGUAUGUAGCUUCUAUUCGUUGUAAGUCGCGGAAUACUCAUUACUGUUUCCUAUAUUUAUAUUAUUUUUGCUUAUUUAUAGUGUUAUGUGUUUUUGUGACAAUUUAUGUGAAAGCGAGGAAAAAAAACCUCAAAAAUGUAAGGUUAUCUUUACACAAUAAAAUUCAUGAAUAACAUAAUAAUAGUUUAUAUUAAAACAUACGAAAAAAUCUUAAAUAAAAUAUUUCUAAAAUAUCUUAAAAUUACUGGAUAAAUAGAAAAAAAAUCAGUAAGCUUCAAAUAUAAAAGAUAUUUUUCAACAAUCCCAUAAACAUAAUUUAAUUGAAUAAAAAAUAUUUUUAAAAGCUCUCUGUUCAUUUAAAUUGUCACAUAACAUUUGUGAUGUAUUCAGAAAAAGCUUGCUUAUUGACGUUGUCAAUAAGGCAACACACACAAUAGGUCUUUUUCCUGAAAACGACACAUUUUAGGUUAGUUAAGUGUGGUUCACACUAAGUCAGGCACCCGGUGUGGACGCAGCCUUAGGUCUGUACCAAAGUUAAGACAUUUCAAAUUGAGUCGUGGCGAAUCAGACCUUACAAGUUUGGUAUGGAUUUACCAAAGAAUUCCAAAAUUAUAUGUUUAGCUGAAGAAACUGGCAACACUAUUUAGGACUUUUUAAUGUUAGGUCAGGUGGGGUAAAGCUUGGCAAAAAAGAGUAGAAAUCAAAAAGUGGCAACACUGUAGUGUCGUCCCUUUCAAACCAAUCUACAUAAGAAAACGGGACGACACUACAGUGUUGCCACUUUUUAAUUUUUACUCUUUUUUGCUAAGCUGUAAAGACAGGAGAAAAAAACUUGUACGGGAUUUUCAUAUCCCGCCUGUAUCUUUUUUUAUUUUACUUUUAACGAAUUUUGUGGCACUUUAUGCUAUCGCAUGCAACCCAUAAUGUUUAUUUUUUAUUAUUAUUUAUAGAUAGUGUUGCCAGUCACAUAUUUGUUUUUUACAUAAACCUUUAUUUUAAUUUUGGUUGCUUCAAAUCCCUUAAUAAGUUACCCCCUGAUUCAUAAACGCGCUACAAACCUCAAUUACCUAAUAAUCGUUUGUCCUUAUUUGUCAUUUUGACUUAUGUAUUUGCAAGAAGGGCUAAAACAUAAUUUAACUAAAUCAGGCCCGGUUUAUGAAUAAGGGGUUAAGAGUAUAGGUAUCGCCAGGAGAGUUGAGUUGAAUGAACACACUCGGCUAAAAAAAAAAUCUUUGUAGAUUUACAUGUAUGUAAAAUGUAUAAUUAUUGGUGCAAUAAAGAAUAUUUACUUACUUAGAGCUACACAAAGUACUAAUCACAAAAAUAUUGAAUGAAUGAGUCAAUGUGACUUAAUCGCACGAUAUUAAACUAAAAAAAAACCUUAAAAAGACUUUGGUUCAACUUGCUUGCUUUGUACGAAAAAAAAACACUAAUUUUAUAAUAUCGCUGACAUUACAUGAUUUUGUUGUUGUGUGCGUGACUUCAACUCUAGGGCCGAUACCUACAUAUAGGUAUAUCAGCUGGUCUAGCAUGAGUUGCGUUCUCGCGCGCAACUCCAUACAUCUAGCGCGACUUCAAGUAUGGAUUGGCGCCAGAACGCAACUUAUGCUAGACCGCGAGAAUGAAAGUAUUUGUCUCCUAUACCUAUUACGAAUAUUAAUUACGAUUGAGGCUUGAGGCUCAAUCCUUGAGCAGCCAGAUCAAUAUUUCCCACACACAUUAAACAGUGAUAAUUAAGUACAAUUUGCCAUAGACAAUCGCUAUCAUAGAGCGUUUUUUUUAUUUUUUUAAGUAGUUUUUUUAACAAAUAUUUUUUUGAAUAAAAUGUAAAUAUUAUUUUAAAUGAUGCUAUAAUUUAUUUGCCUUAAGUACUAGGCUGAUGCUAAUUGUCAAAUAAAAUGUUUAUUCUGGCCUAAAUUUAUUUUCGACUACGCUGGCACUAGUGACUAGUUAUAUAAUAUGUAAUAGUACCUAUAAUAAAUGUCCAAUAGAGGCAAAGUAAUAGCACCUCUAUUAACUUACAAUAAUGUCCAAAUUGCACUGGUAGUUAAUCAGAAAAUGUGACAUACCUUCCGUCUGGAAGGUACAGUCAAAGUCAAAAAUAUGUAACCUAUCUCUAAGAAUACCAAACUAAUUCUCAGGGCGUACGAUAUUUUUGGCUGACUAUAACCUAUCCUCCUAAGGCAUACAAAUGAAAAAUCAAAAAUUUGCCACUGAAAUUUGAACCUAUAAUGCAGGGAAUAGAGUUGAGUUUGUUUUGUUUGAAAAUUUAACGAAACAAAACAAUUGCAACUCUAUUCCUAUUUUAAUAUGGUUUAAUUCUCAUCCAUCAAUAAUUAAGUACUAUAGGCAGGACCUUGGGCCUUUGUAGGCUAUGAGUAAAAAUGACCCGGUAAAGGUUUGUCACUAGAUACGAAGUUAGUACCUAACCGAUAAUGUCUGAGCAGUCAAUGAACUAAUUUCUACCAUACGUUUCAGUGCGUAAGGUUUAUUUUUAUAUAACAAAAAAUGGAAAAAAUCUCUUUUGGAAAUUCACUCCAUAAAGAAAAUAAUUUAUUUAAUACAAAAUAUACUUAUACUGUGGUAUACAAUCUUGUAUUAGAUAUUUAUAUUCAUUGAAUUCGGCUGCUCAGAUAUUUUGCUAGUUGUACUUUAUCAAUAAUUCAGGUAAACAUUUUAAAUUAUAUUAAUAACGAUAGAAUGGGAAAAUCGUCCUUAGUCGUAGUUAAACUAUUUUCUCGAAGCCAUUUUAAAAAGAUUUAUUUUUAAUACAGAUCUGCGAGUUUUGAAUUCAUUGUCAUUUUAUAUUCAGUUUUGCUGUUACGAUAACUUCGACUACGGUUAAUAUAAAAUACAUACACGUUAUUAUUGUAUUUGGCGGUGCUACGCGUCAUUGACUCAUUAUAUUGGUGUGCAUUUGUGCAAUUUGUAUAUGUACUGUGUGCGUGCAAGCUUGAAAAGUUAUUGUACUGGCUAGCUAAUACUGUUGGUAUUUUCUGCUAUCACAUUCAUUGUACUGUGUGGUUUAGGUGGGUUUGUCAUAAUGACAAACGCUUCUAACAAAUGUUACGAAGAUUUAUAAUUAACAGUGGCGUAGCUAAGCGUGGGC